GCGGCUACUCACGACCCUAAAAUCACUGGCGAUAUCGAGACAGUGAAAUCGGGGCUGAAUCGGCGAUAAAAUUGUCUCUACUCUACACACGUCCUUGCCUGUCAGUACGUAACCGACCGUGCUACAGACUGCUCGUUUUUCCGAAAUGCCGCCGACGCUCUCAAAACAGCAGAAAAUAGGAAUUGUCUUGGCACUUACUACGGUGCCACCUAAUCAGAGACGAAAAAGGAGGAUCUGGGUUAAAAACUGGUUAAUGAAACGCCAUGAAUUAAGCCACAUGAACGUCAUGAGACAUUUAGAAGCAGAUGAUUUCAGAAACUUUUUAAGAAUGGAUAUUGAGUGUUUUGAAGAGCUCCUCAAUAUGGUGACACCAUUUAUACAGAAACAGGAUACCGUAAUGCGAGAAUCCAUAAGUCCGAGAGAACGACUUACAGUUACUUUACGUUUCCUAGCAACUGGACAAAGCUAUGAAGAUUUGAAAUUCAGUGCCAUAAUAUCGCCGCAACUUAUGUCCACAAUGAUUCCAGAGACAUGUUGUGCUAUCUAUAAUUGUUUGAAACACUUUAUUAAGAUGCCUGCAACGCAAAGUGAAUGGAAAGAUAAUGCUAAAAUGUUUGAAGAAAAGUGGCAAUUCGAUCACUGUGUUGGUGCAAUAGAUGGGAAACAUAUAUCCAUAGAAAAGCCACCGAGGAGUGGCACGUUAUUCUAUAACUAUAAAGGCUUUUUUAGUACAGUUCUGUUCGCCGUAGUAAAUGCAAAUUAUGAGUUUAUGUAUAUACAUACUGGCAUUAACGGAAGCGUCUCUGAUGGCGGUGUCAUAACUCAUACAUCACUGUAUAAUAAAUUAAUGACAGAUAAGUUACAUCUACCACCAUCGUGUACGUUACAGGGCACAAAUAUUUCAGUGCCCUACACGUUUUUGGGAGACUCAGCAUUCGGCAUUAAUAGACACAUUAUGAAGCCAUACCCAUUUAAGAACAUAACUCACGAGAAAAGGAUUUUCAACUACAGAUUAUCACGAGCAAGGAGAGUAGUUGAAAACGCGUUUGGAAUUUUAGCAGCACGUUUUAGGAUAUUUCGUCAAAGAAUAAGUGUGCACAUUGAUAAUGUCGACAAAAUUGUGCUCGCUUGUUGUGCCUUACAUAAUUAUUUAAGAACAAAGUCAAAAAAUUAUAUCACAAAAACAUGUGUCGAUGCUGAAAAUAUCAAUGAUUCUACUUUUCGUUAUGGUGACUGGCGGGAAGAAACCACAGGACUUGUAUCUCUAGCGCAAAUCAGUGAAAAAGAGCGCAAUAAUGAAGGCAACAACGUGCGAAAUAAAUUUACAACUUAUUUCAAUGGAAACGGCAGAGUUUCUUUUCAGGAGGAUAUGUUGAGAGUAGUUCCUACAUAAAUUUAGUGUGUAUGUGUAUCUGACAAAUAAAACAUCAGUUUAUAAAUUACAUAUAUUUUUUUCUUACGUCAUCCAAAGUAUCCGUUCCAGGUCGGCAUGGCUCCGUCGUCCCCUCUAGAAAUUGGAAGAGGGGGUAAUACCAUAACGCUGGUACAUAGAUGUCAUUGGACCCCGAUCCUGUUUGCUUGGAAGCAUUCACCUGAAACACGUGAAUUGAGAUGUACCAAAAAGCGUGAGCUUAAAGUAGGCAGCUCUAUUUAAGAGCGUAUAACCCUCUUUUGGCGGGAAAAUGAGAAAAAGACAAAUAUCUCGUGAUUGAGAAGGAAUUUUAGUAAAGUGCUCUAUUCAUUGACUGGGUAAUUGUAUUUACAAUUAUUUAAUACAUUUUACAAAGUUUUAUAUUAUUAAAUGAAGCAACAAACGAAAAAAAGCAAUCACGAGAUAUUUGUCUUUUUCUCAUUUUCCCGCCAAAAGAGGGUUAUAGGCUCAUAAUAUUCUACAUGAUCUUACCUUCUUCAGCUCUCUUCCAUACGUAGUACGCAUAUUCUCAAGUUUUUUCUUGAAGUCAGCCAGCGAUGUAUCUCU